AUGGACGCCCUUUUCAGCGCAGUGGAUGUUGAACAGCUCAAACUUGGACUGCAGAAACUUCUGCAGCGUAACAACUCAGACUACACGCCAACCUUCAGAGACACCGAAACUCUGACGAGAUUCUUCUCUUCCAACGUAAGGAGACACAUGUGUUCACACACGGAUAAUGAAUACCUCGGCGAUGAGGGCGAGAUCGACUUAGCCGAACGAUUCGCCAUUGUGCACGAGACUCGCACCACAAUACUACAUCAUGAGUACACAAAGCACUUGAAGGCAAAGGCCGCUGCGCUCGAGAAACUGGAGGUCUGGGCGCAUCUCAUGGUCCUCAGCUUGCCGCGUCUACGAGAAUUCGCAUCGAAAGUGCAAAACGACCCCGAAUUCAUAUUCGGUCUCCAUCAAGCGUUCGAGAGCAUGAACCAACUUUUGUGGUUCUUGAGAGCGCCACCCCCGAAGUGGGACAAGAAGAAGACUGGGAUUAUUCAACGCAAGGAGUCUGUGAGGGUCGCGACCCUCGCCCGAGACCACGGAAUAUGUGUCCUUACAGGUAGUCUCAACUCCGAACGUUGUCACAUUGUCCCAUUCUGGACCCUCAAUAGACCGAGCUGCAUCAACGCAAUAGAUGCCGCCUACACAGUCUAUGGUGUCGAACGCAUGAUGAUCCUUCAAAAGAAACUCUGCGACGAGGACACAAAUAUUGUCGACUCCCCUUCCAACGUCAUUACGUUGAGUCGAUCGCUGCACAAAUUUUGGGAUCAGGGUCUUUUUGGCUUAGAGCCCGUCUGUCAUCUUUUCGAAAAGGAUAAGAAAGCAGCUGGCAUCAACGAAGGAGAGGCCGACGAAGAAAGCGGCACCCCAGGUCCCUCGACGCCCUCGAAGCUAGGUGUCAAAAGAUCAAUUGACAGGAUCGAGAAGUCACCUUCCAAGAAAACCAAGGGCCAAGAAAAAGAGGAAGCGAAGGAGGAUAUUGAGACCAAGGAGAAGACGAUCGGUAUCCGGAUCCGAUUUCAUUGGCUACGUCGAACAACGGGCGUGACACCAGACACUCUCCCUAACGAUAUGGCUGCCCUACGACUGAAGUGGGACCCACGGAAUCCGAGUGUUAUCGUCCACGACGUCAAUGGCCGGCCGCUCGAUGAUGGUCAUCUCGUAGACAUCUACGAUAUAGAGGAUGCCAAAGCGCCAGACUUGCAAAUUCUUCAACUGCAAUGGGAUGUUUUUCGCAUGCACGCUUUGGCUGGAGGUGCAGACCCGAACAUUUAUGCCCCCGACUGGUACUACGACGAAGACGGCGGAAAGAUCUUCGAACCUCCGCCAGAAAAGAUUCAGGCUCUCCAGGCGAUGGAAGCUCGGAAAGCCAGCACCGCCUCACCUCAAGGCUCCAAGCCGGUUGCUCAUCUUCUUCAACCCACUCCUUCUGGCCAAGAUGCCGUCAACACAUCUAACACUGAGAUGCCUCAUGCGGAAAAGCCUUCUAGAAUUGCAACAAUCAAGCGCCAUGCCAGUCGGCUUCUGCGUAGACGAGGACAAAAUAACGACUCACAGGUUUCUGAUUCAGCCCCUGGCAGUCACUCUCCCGCCAAGCUCCAAGUUGGUACAACAGUCGAGGCCGGUGCAGAUCUGGAUAGUCCCUCGAGCGAGAAAGAGAACACGUAUAGAACGUUCCCCUCCAGCGAGCACCCAGAUGAGAAUUUGGAUGAGAACAGAAAGCGCCCUCUCUCUACCGAAAAUUUGAAUGUACCAAGUGGCUCAGGUCGGCAAAUGACACUGGCCCUCCGUCCUCGAGAAGAAGAAGAUGCCUGA